AUGUCCAUUACGAUAUGCAGCCAAUGCCGAACAGCCCUGCGGCUACAACGAGGCACAAGCCGGCGAGCCAUACAACCGGCCAUACGGCAACAAAACUUGUCAACUUUCUCUUCUCCGUCCAAAUCACUCUUCGAGGCGCAGUGCCAGAGUAAAUCACGACCCUUCUCAACCACCUCGGCGCGGCGCAUAUUCGCCCCAGAUCAGUCGCGCGAUCCCUCGCCAGAAGAGAUUCUCGCUAAGCCGACGUGGUCCGUUCGCUCCCUAUUGCCGCCAUCGUCUUCCAAUUCCUCCUCCUCGCCAGCAGUGCAGACAGCAGAAGAAGAAGAAGAAAUCACACCCCAAACCCUCCGACACCUCCUCCGCCUCUCGGCCCUUCCUCCUCCCGCCACGGAAGCCGAGGAAUCGCAGCUCCUCGGCACACUAAGGGCGCAGCUACAUUUUGUGCGCAGUAUUCAGUCCAUUGACACGACUGGUGUCCAGCCUUUAGUCUCAAUUCGCGACGAAACGACCGCUGGUGUGAGUGAGCAGACCGUCGGAUUAGCGGACCUCGAGGGCGCUCUCGCCGCCGAAGAUGUGGUCGGCCAUGCCAAGCGGCCGAGGAGGCGACGGACAAGAUCUGGCCAACAGAUUGAAGGCGUCGAGGACUGGGAUGUGCUCAAAGGUGCAAGCGAAAAGGUUGGAAGAUACUUUGUGGUCAGAAGCGGACCUGGGAAAUGA